AUGUUUCCAACUUUACUUCUGCGCCCAAGUUCGGAACUAUCCUUCGGCAGUUCCGAUGUGACCGGCUUAAUAAUGUUCACCACAAUAAUAACAGGGAAUAUAAUGUCACGUGGUAUUGGCCGGGUUAUUUCAAGGCUACUUGGAUUCGAAGACGUUUAUUUGGAGGAAUCAAAGCAAGUCACUUCUGCUCUGUAUGCAUACGUCGUU